AUGUACGGAGCUUGGGGUGGCUACGGAGGCGGACAGCCAGCCUUUGCGGGCUACCAGCAGCAGCAGCAGCAACAGCAGCAGCAGCAGCAGCAGCAGCAGCAGCAGCAGCAGCUGCAGCAGCAGCAGCAGCAGCAGCACGCCGCUGCCUACGGACAGGUCGGGGCUGCCGCGGUGGCACAGCAGGUCGCACCAGCAGCGCUGGCGUCGCAGGCAGAUGGCGGGGUUGGGGCCGCCUCGGUUAUACAGGUCCAGAACUGCUCCCACCCGGUAGUGGGCCCCAUCGUCAACGGCACCUACAACAAGCUGCAGGAGAACCACGGGAGGCCGACGUACCUUCGAGAUCAGAAGGCCGUCACCGGCCCUGGGUCGACCUCGGACGUCAUGGCUUAUUUCUGGGAUGAGCGAGACGGCGCCUCGCUGUGCGGCUGGUGGCUCGGGGCGAAGGUGGGCGGCGACCAGGCCUGGGGCUACAACCCCAGCAGGAGCAUGACCCCGCCCACCAGCGGCUGGCGGGUGCCGCACAACGGGCCCGCAGACCCGUCGCUGGCGGUGGUGGCGGCGGGACCCGCUGGCGGGCAGGCGGGUGGCGGCGCGGUCGGCAGCGGCGACUGCGUGGGCGGGACGCGCCACAUUAUGGUCUCGGGCGUCAGCACCGAGAACGUCGCCAAGUUUAUCAACGGCGCCUACACCGUGUGCGGGGAGAAUCACGGGAAGCCGGCCUACAAGAAGGACGUGCAGGUCAGCGGCCUGGACACCAUGCUUUACUUCUGGGACGCGCGGGACGGGCAGAGCUUCUCUGGCUGGUGGUUCGGGCCGGAGGUGGGCGGCGACAAGGUCAUGGCCCACAGCCCGAGAGACACGCAGACCCCGCCCAUGAAGGGCUGGAGCGUGCCGCACAACGGGCCCGCCGACCCAGCGGUCAUGCCCGGCAUCCUCGGCCGCGCUGGGGACUGCCGGAGUGGCCCAGCAGCAGGGCAACAUGCUGCUGCAGCAGCAGGGGGGGGCAGCAGAUGCAGCAGAUGCAGCAGAUGCAGAUGCAGCAGCACCAGAGCCAAGCCCAGCAGCAGCAGAUGCUGA